UUUGAAAACCCAGGCUUCGGGAUGCGUCGUGUUGACAGGUGUGAAUAGUGACGCUGUGCCGGCAAUCGCCUGCUCCCUUCGGUCUCUCGUGAUGGUGUGCUGACAACCGUCUGCUCACUUCGUUACGUCUCUCUCUCUCUCUCUCUCUCCGUCUCUGUGAAACCCAAGUUCUCCAUCUCCCUGCUUGAGGGGUAACAAUCAUGAAUGCUGAUAAGCAAGAAUUCCUUAAAGAGUUCGGUCGGUAUUACGGCUACCCCAACGGUCCAAAGUCCAUCGACGACAUUCGAGCCUCCGAAUUUAAGAGAUUGGACGGUCUUGUGUACUUGGAUCAUGCUGGGGCCACUCUAUACUCUGAGUUACAGAUGGAAGCAAUCUUUAAGGAUCUGACGACUUCUGUAUAUGGAAAUCCCCAUAGCCAAAGUGAUUCGAGUUCAGCAACAAGUGAUAUUGUCAGACAAGCCCGCCAACAGGUUCUUGAAUACUGUAAUGCAUCACCAAGAGACUACAGAUGCAUAUUUACUUCUGGGGCAACAGCAGCUUUGAAACUGGUUGGAGAGGCCUUUCCUUGGAGCAGUCAGAGCUGUUUUAUGUACACAAUGGAGAAUCACAAUAGUGUGGUCGGGAUUAGAGAAUACGCUCUUCAUCAAGGAGCUGCGGCCUUUGCAAUGGACAUUGAAGAUGCUGAUUGCUGUUGUGCAGUCUCUGGAAGUAAAACCCCUUCCUUUAGGGUAACAAAGCAUCCAAUUCAAAGAAGAACUGAAGCUAGAUUCUUGGAAGAAGAGCCUAUAGGUAAAGCUUAUAACCUAUUUGCCUUUCCCUCGGAGUGCAAUUUCUCAGGUGUGAGAUUCAGCCUUGACUUGGUGAAGAUUAUCAAGGAAGAUGCUAGAAGACUUUUGGGAAGCUCUCCAUAUUGCGAGGGGUGUUGGAUGGUUUUGAUUGAUGCUGCAAAAGGAUGUUCCACAGAACCACCAGAUUUGUCAGAAUUUCCUGCAGAUUUUGUUGUCGUUUCAUUCUAUAAGUUAUUUGGCUAUCCUACUGGACUUGGUGCUCUCAUUAUUCGAAAUGAAGCUGCAAAUUUAUUCAAGAAGACAUACUUCAGUGGAGGUUUGUGCUGGUAUUUCUUUUGUCCAAUUAAGACCGCAUAUGAUUAUUACCUCAUCAUAAAAAGCUUUCCAGGCACAGUGGCUGCAUCCAUUGCUGACAUUGACUUUGUCAAAAGAAGGGAAGGUGUUGAGGAGUUGUUUGAGGAUGGCACCGUAUCAUUCUUGAGCAUAGCAUCUAUAUGCCACGGGUUCAAAGUACUAAACAAUCUAACCAUGUCUGCUAUAUAUCGGCAUACCAUGUCACUUGCCACAUACAUGUGGAAAAUGCUUUCAUAUUUAAGGCAUGAAAAUGGAGCUGAUGUUUGCAAAAUUUAUGGAAGAUGCAAUCCAGAGGUGUUUUCUCAUGAUAUGGGUCCUGUAGUAACAUUCAAUUUGAAACGCCCAGAUGGCUCUUGGUUUGGAUACCGUGAAGUGGAAAAGUUGGCCUCUUUAUAUGGAAUUCAGUUGCGGACAGGUUGCUUUUGCAAUCCUGGUGCAUGUGCAAAAUAUCUUGGAUUGUCCCAUUCGGAUCUUUUUUCCAACGUUGAGGCAGGACAUACUUGCUGGGACAAUUAUGACAUAGUGCAUGGGAAGCCAACUGGAGCAGUUAGAAUAUCUUUUGGUUAUAUGUCAACUUUUGAAGACACUAAGAAAUUUAUCGAUUUUAUAGUGAAGUACUUUGUAUCUUUGCCAAAUCAAUGGGGGUAUCCAGUUCCGUUUAAGGCAAAGACAGCACCAUUCUCAAGUGCAGACCUUGAAGGAACGCACUCAACUACAGGAUUUCAUCUUAAAUCUAUUACUAUCUACCCAAUCAAAUCAUGUGCGGGAUUCAACACUGAGAAUUGGCCUUUAUGCAGUACUGGCCUGCAGCAUGAUAGGGAAUGGCUUCUCAAAAGUCUAGCUGGUGAAAUUCUUACACAGAAGAAGGUUCCUGAAAUGUGCCUCAUUAAUACUUUCAUUGAUCUCAAUCGGGAAAUAUUGUUUGUAGAGUCACCACGCUGCAGAGCAAAGCUGCAGAUUAAUCUUGAUUCAGUAGAUUUAUAUCAUGGUGAAAGAGAAGAAAUGGAUAUACAUGGUCAGAGAUUUGAAGUCCAGGCUUAUCAUGAUGAAGUCAACACUUGGUUCAGUAGGGCUGUUGCUUGGCCUUGCAUAUUAUUACGUUGUUUCAGUUCAUGGGAUGACUUUUGCUUAAACAACAAAAAUGUAAGCUUGUGCAGAAAUGUUGGUAUGAGAUUGAAUUUUGCCAACGAGGCUCAGUUCUUAUUAGUAUCAGAAGAAAGCAUCUCUGACCUCAGCAAGCGAUUAUACUCAAAGGUGGAAAAAGGUUCUCAUGGGGCAUCAACUCAAGUCAAUCCAAUGAGAUUCCGUCCCAACCUUGUAAUAUCAGGAGGAGAACCGUAUGCAGAAGACAAAUGGAAAGGACUUAAAAUCGGCAGAAAUUACUUUUCAUCAUUAGGUGGAUGCAACCGUUGCCAAAUGAUCAAUUUUGAUUGUCAAGCUGGACAAGUACAGAAGUCUAGUGAGCCCUUGGCUACUUUAGCAUCAUACAGGAGAACAAAGGGGAAGAUUUUGUUUGGGAUACUGCUGAGAUAUGAGAAGGGCAAUGAAGCUGGGCAUGGCGCUGAUUCAUGGCUUCGAGUAGGGCAAGACUUAACUCCAAAUACGGAUUAGAAUUUGAGGGGUACAGUUGAAAAAGCCCAUUUGCAAAGUUGGACAAAACAAUUAAAAUUUGUUGUAGGUCAUCUACGGUAGCAUUCACAUCCAAAUAUCCACACAUUACAUUUGGCAUUGUGGUCCCUAUAAAGAAAUGGAGCAAGCUGCACACAGACAUAAUAUUGAACAAGGUUGCACAGCCAGAAAAUGCUUCAUAUGUUGGAUCUGUAAAUCAAGGGAUCCUCUACGAAUAAAUGGAGUAAAAUGACUAGUUAAACACAUAAGGCCUGAUUAGGAUGCUUGGUAGAGCUUUACAAAGCUCAAUUCAGGAUUUUGUAUGGAUGCUGCGCCUUUUCGGCAUAUUUCAUAAUCCUACUUGCUAAAUUAUUAUUAUUAUUGAACUCU